AUCUGGCUUGGGGUUCAAGAAAUAUGGGAAGCAAUCUCUAUGUUUCUGCUGCAAAACAAGACAUGCUUUUCUUUGUCUUGUUGAAUAUAAAUGACAUAUGAAACAGCCACCCACCCUUUGUAUAAUUUUAGUUAAGUCUUUACCAGAUUACUCAAUUGUAUAAUUGCGUUUAUCCACAGCAUUAUGUUUACAAUAAGUUGAUGACAUACAACAAUCUUCUUGUUGAUAUUAUACCUACUUAUUUGUUCUGAUUGUCUUUAUGUCUUCCUUUCUUCCUUUCAGAUUACGUACCAUUUCUUUCACUGGAAGAAGGAACACCAUUUGCUGAUGACCAGCUCACUUGAAACAAAAACUUUCUAACUUGCGUGCCUGUUGUGUUUGUUUCAGUCACCUCUCAAUUGUCCGAGUUGCGCCGACCUUAUUUCUCCUAUUGGAAGAGAAGCAACAAAGAAAAGGAAGCUUUGUGUGUGAACCUGAGCACAAUCUACUAGUCUAGAUUUUGAUAAUCUGAGAGCUUUGGACACUAGCAACGAAUUCGAAGCUUUGGCACUGAAUUUUGGUUGUGAUUCAGGAGAGGCUGAUAUCUGCAAAACCUGGACAGAUUUUCAUGCUGCCAUAUAAUUCAGAUAAACAUUGGGUACUGACUAUUGUCGAUCCCGAACAAGAAAUUGUCUAUUUUAUGGAUCCUAUGAAGAGGCGAUUACCCACUGGAGAAUGGGUUUCCAUUGUUGAUAGUGCAAUAUCCAUGUAUAAUGCACACAAGGGCAGGAAAGGCCGAAGUUCGCCUCUAUGGAAAAAUUUGUCGGGUAUUCCUCCUCAACCUAACAGCAAGGAGUGUGGCUACUUUAUCAUGCGAUACAUGAGAGACAUCAUUGAGGAUAAAGACUUUUCAUUUGUUAACAAGUGGGAGAGGAGAAGCAACCAAGUUUAUACCCAAGUGGAUAUUGAUGAAUUGAGGAAUGAGUGGGCUAGGUUUGUGGUUAAUAGAUAUGUGUAGAAGCCAUCGCAUAUGUUUUUGGAAAGCAUGAUGAAUUUUUGCUUGUGCUGAUAGAUAUCGAUCACAUGAAACAAUGAUCAGCUUUUGAUUCAUGCAUGCAUUGGUCUAGCUAGACUAGGAAUGCUUUCUUUGUUUGUUUGGUAGUUUAAUUAUCUACUUUGGAUGUUUAGUUGUACUUGACUUAUAUAGUUACACUAAUGAUAUGGAUCAAUGUGGCUUUAUAUGUAUUGUUCAUUUGGUAAUGUACUGUUUUUGUGGUAAUAUAUAUACAUGAAGCAUUAUUGUUUCUGGAAAA